AUGGAAAAUGCAACAAGGACCAAUGUAAGCAGCUUCGAGAAGCGUGCUGGUUCUUCUUCUCGCCCCUUUAAUUGUGGACAAGCCUCAUACAGCACAGUGACCCUGUAUGACUAUGUCUACACACAUAAUUGUUUUCCAAGAGGUUGGGAAUCAUUUUUGCUAAAUGCAGAAGUGAACGGAGCUAUACGCAGAAUUUCAGAGGGUCUUACGAGGGAUUUACGCCGUGCCAACGUAGCUAUAGAGCCCCCAAUGACCAGCAUUUUUAACGCCUUCAGCGUCGGCUACCAAGACAUAAGAGUUAUCAUUUUAGGUCAGGAUCCAACACCCCAGGAAAAUCAAGCAACAGGCUUUGCCUUUAGCCUGAAGCCAGGUGUGGAGCCUGUUGAAGUUCCUAGUGUCCUCAACAUGCUCGUGGAGCUGAAGUGGGAGGGAAUCGGUGUUGAUCUGUCAAACGGGGACUUAACACCUUGGAUUAGUCAAGGAGUCUUUCUUCUUAAUUCAGCAUUAACUGUCCUAAGAGGAACUGCAGGGUCACAUCAAGGAUUAUGGAGGGAGUUCACAACAUUGGUGAUACAGUACAUCAAUCUUAAGGCAUCAUCGUCUGCAUGGCUUCUUUGGGGAAAGGAAGCUGUCAGGCUUGCAGCCGGCCAUAUUGACAGAACCAAUCAUUUCAUCAAGGCUGGUGGACACCCAAGCCCAGUGUCGUGCAAGGAUUUCUUUGGAAGAAAUUAUUUUAUUUGUGCAAAUCAAUUCCUGAGUGCGAGAAAUCGUCCUGUGGUCGAUUGGCGGCUACCUACCAAUCCGAGAUCGAGGGCGACGAUUCACGUGAAUUGCGAAUUUUCUGGAUUGGACUAA